AUGCGAAGGCUCACCAACCUUCCAAGAGGAGUUGCGGCGCCGGAUACUCCAUAUGUGGCAGCGGCUGGCCCAGACAAGUUAUACUUCAUCGACACCCGGUUCGAUACUGGGACUGCAAAGCAUAUAAAGGAACAAAUCGAGAAGGCAACUAUACCGAACCCGGAGGAGUACGUCGCGAUAGACGAGGUUUCGGCUACGGCAGAAUUAAAAAACUCUGUGUCCGGCGAAACGACAUUCGUGUUUGACCCCCGCUAUGCCAGGGUGCUGUUUGCAAAGGGAAUGAACAGGCACAACCCGGAGCUCAAACUGCCUGAGCAUGAGCCCGUCGGCGAUUGGUUGGUGACCUACGACCUAGGCAAUACACUUACGAACCUGGCUAAUUCCUGCUGUGAUUUUGACCAUCACUCUGCCUAA